UCUAUCGCGCUCGACCAUCUGUUUGGUGUGAUUUUGGACAAUCGACGCAAUGGCCACCAUCGACAACGACCCUCUGUUUACAUCGCUGUGCAACGAAAAGACGCUGCAGUCACAGAAAGAGGGUUUUUUCAACGUGUUCUACCAGUCCGUGGCCGAGAACUUUAAGGGACCGCACGCCAACUGGCUGAAGGACGUGUACCAGAAAGUGCCGACCGAUGCGGCCAAACUGCGCCUCGUGUAUGAGGAUCCGCUCGUGGCGUACGAGGUGCAAGGGACGCUCGAGUACGUGAAGCCCGUGUUCCGCGAGAAGGAUGCCAAGUUCUCGCGGCAACGGCGCGAGCAGGCGACAACGUUGCUGGCCGAACGGAAGCUGCCGAUGGCCCUGAUGAUGGCGUGCCAGGCGGUGAUGCGUGCCCCGGCCCAGGGUGUCGAUAUGGCGAUCGACAAAGGCCUCACGUUGGCGUUGGCCCUAUUGACGCGGGCCGAGGUACUCAUCACGAUGCUGGACGGGAAGCGUGCCAUGCAGGACCUGCAACUGGCGGUCAAGUGUGGCCUGUCGGUGAAGCAGAACGCCGACUACUACCAACGGGUGGCCAAGUGUUACGCCCUGACUGGCGAAGGUGCCCGUGCCGAGGUGGCGACCAAGGUGUUCCACCAGCUCACUGGCCAAAACGAUUCCGCUGUCGCGAGGUUGAAGGAAGAGCUGGACGACCUGCGGGCCCUGAAGCGGGAAAAACCGACGGUCGAGGAACAACAGACGAUGCCCACGUUCAGUGGGCCAGCGGCCAACAAGGAACUGCUCGGUGCCUCGUCGAAGGUAAAGCUCGUCGGCAGCAAAGACGAUCCCCGGGGACGCUACAUUACGGCGGCCGAGGACCUCGCGUCCGGAGAGCCCAUCCUAGCGGAGCCGGCCCAUGCAGUGUGUCUGUAUCCGAAGUUCUUCGGCUCACACUGCAACGCUUGUUUUGCGCGGUUGGUCGCUCCGGUUGCGUGCGGCGUGUGCUGCGGGGUGGCGUUCUGUUCCGUCGAAUGCCGUGAUCGUGCCUGCGCCACGUACCACCGGUUCGAGUGUGAGUAUCUCGAUCUGAUGAUCGGUUCCGGGAUGUCGAUCCUGUGCCAGCUGGCCCUCCGGAUCGUCACCCAAACCGGCACGCCGGAAGCCGCGCUCGAGAAGGGAAACGAAGUGUUGGGCGUGCUGUGCGCCCACACGCAGUACCGUGACCCGGAGGAUCACUUUAGGCGCACCCUGAUGACCACAUUCCUGCUGCGGUGCCUGCAGAAGGCGGAAUUCUUCGGGCGCCGCACAACCGAGUCGCCCGAACCGACGGAACUCGAGCUGCAGGUCGGGGCCGUUCUGCUCGGCCUGCUCCAGACGCUCCAGUUUAACGCGCACGAAGUGUACGAAACGCGCAUCACCGGGAAGCAUCGGAUCGACACGGCCAAGGUGCAGUACCUCGGGGUGGGCAUUUAUCGGGCCGCGUCGAUGUUUAACCACGAGUGCUACCCGGGCGUGCUGCGUACGUUCUGCGGAACGUCGAUCGUGUUCCACACGAGCCGGCCGCUACGUAGCGGUGCGGUCAUUCCGGAGAACUACGGACCGCACUUUCUGCGCCAAGCGAAGGCACUGCGGCAGCGUAAUCUCCGAUCGCGGUACUGGUUCAAGUGUGACUGCCGGACGUGCACCGAAGACUGGCCCCUGCUGGAGCAGCUCAGCGACGAACCGCGGCUCCGGUGUCCUACGGCGCGCUGCGCCAAUGUGCUGCCGUACCCGGGUAAAUCCGGGAAGCGCCAAACCAAGUGUAGCCUGUGCAAAAAACAGGUCAACCUGGAACCGUGCAUCAGCAUGGUGGAAACCGCACUGGAUCUGUACACGUCCGGUGCCGAAAUGAUGGCGAACGAGCAAAUCGAUCAAGCGAUCGAGCUGUUGACGCGAGGCAUCAACAUCUUCAUGCAGGUGGCCGUCCCGCCGCACAAACCGACCCACGUGGCGGAGGAAUCGCUGCGGGUGUGCUUCGCCGACAAAGGCACCACGAGUCGCUACUGAGCUGUGCAGGAAGGGAAGUAUCCGCCUCCCGUCGGGCAGUCUCUUUCAGGGUGGCCAAGUGGAUAAUAAAAGUGGCAUUUUAUCACGUAUCCUUCUCGUGUGCGUGCGAUCCUAUGGACCGCAGGAAGACG